AUGGUUGUUCUCAAGGCAGAGUCCGAAUGGGGCUAUGCGCCGCCUCCCCAGACCCCAUAUAGCAUCAUCAGCAACAUCCCCGGAUGGGACAUGUUAAAGGGCAUCCGUGAUGGGGACAUGGCUCCAUUGGCCAAAGUCGUACACAUUUAUCCUCGGUUGUCGCCGACUCACUAUGUCCGCACACUUGCAGGAGGCGUCGCAAAGGCCGUCGGCCUCGAGGGCAAAGGAUGCAUGGUAUACCUCGACCCCGUCAUGUGGAAAUACACAGCCAGCCAUGUCUCGCACCAGCAGCGCCGGCAGUUUGCCAUCUCCCCCAACAAGUUGAUCUUCAAGGCCGUCGACGUGGCCGGCCACCGCCUCUACGCCGUGCUAUUCGAGCCGGAGCACACCAAGGCGCUGAUGCUCAGCUGGGGCACGCCGGGCAUCGGCCUCUCCAUCAGAGGAGCCGAGCAGCUCCUGGACAAGAUUGACACCCUGACCGAGGUGCCCUUUGAGAAUGCAGAUGCUCCCCCCAAGCCGACCUGGACGCCAGAGGGCCCCUCGCACGAGCUGCUGAGACGGCGCAUCGUGGAGCUGCUUCAACAUGGCGCCAUCGAUCCGCAAAAGGUCCAGUGUCGAUCCAACGACGUUUUCCUCUAUCCAAGUGGCAUGGGGGCUGUUUUUACGGCCAAGAACCUGCUGCAGGAGUAUCGCCCCGGCUUCGUCAAUGUCGAGCUGGGCAUCGUGUUCCACAAUACUCAUGAGCUCCUGCACGAGGAAAGCCCGGGGGGUUGGAAGCAUGCCCCCAAAGUCGAUAAGCAGGGGAUCGAUGACUUGGAAGCGUGGCUUGAGAGCCAAAAGAGCAAAGGAAGCGGUGCGACGUUUGUAAUUGUUGAGUAUCCGGGCAAUCCAACCCUCGACACCCCCGAUUUGCCGCGUCUAAAGCAACUUUCCGAAAAAUAUGGCUUCGUCUUUAUCGUCGACGACACCCUAAGCUCCUUCGGCAACGUCGAUGUCCUCGCGCAGAGCGACCUACUCCUCACCUCUCUCACCAAGUCCUUCAGCGGCAGGUCCGACGUGCUCGGCGGAUCCAUCGUGCUCAAUCCCCUCUCGCCUCACUACGCCGAACUAUCUAAGCGAUUCGCCGCUUCUCACCACAACCAGCUGUUCGCCGCGGAUGCCGAGGUGCUCCUGUCCAACUCCCAAGACUACUUCGAGCGGACGUCGCGCCUCAACGAUAACGCCCGUGCCAUGGCUGAAUUUCUCGGCAAAACCAUCGGCCAACCCGACUCGCCGGUCGUCAACGUCCAGUACCCAAGCCUGCUGCCGAGCAAGGCCAACUACGACGCCUUCAAGCGCCGCAGCACGCCGGAGCUUCCGACCCCGGGGUACGGGUGUCUCUUGACGGUGGAAUUCGACAGUGUCGAGACGGCCAGGGCCUUCUACGAUCGCUGCGGCUUCUACCCGUCUCCCCAUCUUGGCGGGCACGUCACAAUCAUGCUUGCGUAUAACAUGUUCAUGUUUGGCAAGGACAAGGAUGAGGCUGCGGCGUUGCGGCCAUGCGGCGUCAAGGAGGAGAGUGUCCGGAUAUCAGCGGGCUUGGAAGAUGCGCAGGACUUGUUGGAUACGCUUCAGGACGCUCUCAAUGUAGCUAUCGAGGUGAAGAAGGGGAGCAAGACUCAGUAG